AAGUGAUACAAUGUGACGGAUCAGGGGAAAUUGUACUCAGUCAUUUUAGUUUAAAGAAAAAAGUAUUAUGAAACUAUCCAGAGAAGCUUCACAAGAACGAAAAGUCAGAAGUAAUAGUGAUGCUACUACUUAUCCUAUUGGUGGAUACAGUCACAGUAUUCAUAAGAGUCGUACACAAUAUACUGAUACAACUAUGAAUAACGAUAAUUAUGAUAGUUCAACAACUGAUAAUUUAACGGAAGAUGAUAAUCUCCGUGUUAUGGUUGAAAUGUUCCGUCCACAUAUCUAUCGUGAUGUCAAGUAUAUUCUACUCGAAGAACAGUCUGUACGUAAAGCUUUAAGAAAGAAUAAAACAUUAUCCUUUCCAUGUAAAUGUUAUCAUUUAUGUGAAUUCAGUUAUUUAAUUCAACCAAUGACUAAUGCAUUAGAUGAAUUGUAUAAAGAGUACGCUUUAUUACAUGAUGAUUAUCAUAAAUUAUUUUAUGCUGACACAAUCUCUACAGAUGGAAAUAUCAUUUACAUCAAUAAUAAUAAUAAUAAUAAUAAUAAUAAUAAUAAUAGUCAUCAUCCUGUACAAGUAGUAAAACAAAAUGAAUUCAAUACUCAAUAUGUAUUAAGUCUAGUUAAAUUUUAUUAUGACAUUGAACAUUUAAACGAAAAAUUAAAUGCACAAAACAAUGAAUGGAUAUUUCGUAAAACGCUUGAACCUUAUCUAGAAAUUAUACGUUUGUAUAUUAAUAAAAAAAUGACUACAUUAAAAUGGGAAAGAAUUAAAUUAUGGUUUAUGAAUCAUUUAAUCGCUAAAAAAAAGUGUAUUUGUUUACAUUGUGAUUAUCGUGAUAUAUUAAUCGAUUAUAGAGAUGCUUUAAUUAAUUUGCAUAAAGAAUAUAUUAUCCUUUAUGCAAAUUAUUAUGUAUUGAUAAAUUCAACAAAUUUAAAUGAAAAGGAUAUAAAUAAUAAAAAUAUACGAACUGUUAGAAUUAAUUCCAAGAAUUUACAAUAUAUUAAAUUAUUCUUUACUGUAUUAUAAACAUUGUAUGUUUUGUUUAUCUUCUUCAUUUUCAACAAUUGAAUGUUGAAUUUUCUUGGGCGCGAAUAAAUUCCGUUUAAAAAAUAUGAUCUUUAAAUCACAAUAAAUAUUGUUCAAUAUUAUAUUAUAUAUAAUCAUUCAAAAAGUUGUUGAAAGUAUCCAUAUGUUUUUCUUAUUUAAAAAUGCUUAAGUGUCCAUUAUAUUUGUAAAAGAUAAAAUUAUUAAAAAUGUAAUAAGUAAAGUGAUUAAAAGUGUAACAGUAAAAUGCACAUACUGAUUAAUGUAUACUCUGUACGCAUUGUUUUACGAGAAUAUUGUUGAAAUGGUUAAGAGUAAUACAAGUUAUAGUAAAGGUGGAUGGUGAAUAACAGUGGAAUCCAGGAUGCACAUUUCAUCCUAUUUGGAUUCCUCACAGGAGCCCAUAUGUCAAUAGAGACUGACCAAUUCGGUCGAAUCAACGACAGUGUAAUACAAGCAAUAACAGUAAUACAAGUGUUAUCAGACUGAAUAGUAGAAUAAAAC